CUAAAUUGAUUUCAGGCUGUUUUCUUCUUUCGGUCUGUCUGUUUGUACGUACGUUAAAAUGGCAGAAGCCAGUAUUUCAGUGGCUCAGGAUCAGUUCAUCUGUUCAAUCUGUCUGGAUCUACUGAAGGAUCCAGUGACCAUUCCCUGUGGACACAGUUACUGUAUGAGCUGUAUUACAGACUGCUGGGAUCAGAAGAGAGACUACAGCUGCCCUCAAUGCAGACAGACCUUCACUACAAGACCUGUUUUAAAUAAGAAUGUGGUGUUUGCUCAGAUGGUGGAGAUGCUGAAGAAUACAAGACUCCAGAUUGGUCGACCUUCUCCCAGUUAUGCUGGACCUGGAGAUGUGGAGUGUGACGUCUGUACUGAGAGAAAACACAAAGCUGUCAAGUCCUGUCUGGUGUGUCUGAACUCUUACUGUCAAAAUCAUGUUGAACAACAUGAGAAAUUCUUCAAAGACAAGAGACACAACCUAACAGACGCCACUGGACGACUUCAGCAGAUGAUCUGCCCUCAACAUGAGAAACUUUUAGAGAUUUACUGUAAAACUGAUCAGCUCUGUAUAUGUUAUCUGUGUAUGGUGGGAAAGCACAAGAAUCACAACACUAUACCAGCUAAAGAAGAGAGGACUGAGAAACAGAAACAACUGAAGGAGACGCAUAGAAAAUACCAGCAGAGAAUCCUGGAGAGCCAGAAGAAGCUUCAGGAGCUGAGAGAUGCUGUGGAGACUCAUAAGCGCUCUGCACAGACAGCAGUGGACGACACUGAGAGGAUCUUUACUCAACUGAUCACAUCCAUUGAGAGAAGACGAUCUGAGGUGACACAGCUGAUCAGAGAUCAGGAAAAGACUGCAGUGAGUGAAGCUGAAGGACUCUUGAAGCGACUGGAGCAGGAGAUUGAUGAUCUGAGGAGGAGAGACGCUGAGCUGGAGCAGCUUUCACACACAGAUGAUCACAUCCAUUUCCUCCAGAGUUUUCAGUCUCUCUCUGUUCCUCCUGGAUCUUCAGACUCACUCAGCAUCACUGUCAGCUCUCUCAUCUCUUUUGAUGAUGUAGGAAAAUCUGUGUCUCAUCUGAGAGAGAAACUGAAGGAUUUCUGUAGAGAAGAGAGAAAGAUAUUUGAUAAAGUUACUCCUGAGCCGAAGACCAGAGAGCAGUUCCUAAAAUAUUAUCAUCAGGUCAAUCUGGAUCUUAACACAGUAAAUAAACGUCUCCGUCUGUCUGAGGGGAACAGAGUGAUUACUAACACUUACACAGUCCAGCCGUAUCCUGAUCAUCCAGACAGAUUUAAUCAUUGGGAUCAGGUGUUGUGUAGUGAAAGUGUGAGUGGACGCUGUUACUGGGAGGUUGAGUGUAGUGGUCAGGUGUUUAUAUCAGUGUCAUAUAAGAGCAUCAGCAGGAAGGGACGGGGUAAUGAGUGUUUGUUUGGAGGUAAUGAUCAGUCCUGGACUUUGUACUGCUGUGGCUCCAGUUGUUCAUUCUGGCACAAUAACAAUCACACUAAACUCCCUGUAGUGUUCAGAUCUUUUAGAAUAGGAGUUUAUGUGAAUCACAGUUCAGGAUCUCUGUCCUUCUACAGCGUCUCUGACACAAUGACCCUCAUCCACAGAGUCAACACCACAUUCACUAAACCUCUCUAUCCUGGGUUUUGUGUUUAUGGAUCAGUGAAACUGUGUGAUCUAACAAUAUAGAUAAUACAGAGAUUGUCAUAGAAGUUUGAAAUUAAUGAUAAAUCAACAUCUAUGAAGUGUCAAGUAUAAUAUUUCUAAUCACUUUAUUAUUAUUGAUUUUCUCUCUUUAAGUUUCUAGAUUUUACAUGUACAUAUUCUUGAACAUUUAUGUGUACUUAUCAGCAUAAAUUUAUUAUUUAAGCAUUUUGGCGUUUGCCUCUAGAGGGCAUUUAAGUUUAAAGUAAACGAUAAAAGGCGCUCUAAGCGAAUUGACGCGUUUUAGACCAUAAAACAUUUUUUGUUACAUACAACAAACAUCUCCUCACUAUCUGCUUGCUGCCUGUCCGCUGAUCAAACUGUAAAAAAACGCGAUCUCUGUAGACAGCUCAGGCUCGACAAACGGCAAUAUCAACAUAGUGGCCAAACCUAGCACAACAAAACAUAACAAAGUGUUCCAGCCAAUAAACGACAAGAAGGAUUUGGGGGUGGGGGUUGGGCGCGUUCAUGAAAGCACGGAUGGGAGAGGGAGGGGGAGGCGUUAGCUACGCUCCGUUUGUUUGAAAACAGUUCAAACAUCAACAGGAAGUGACGUCGCACAUUAUUCGCUUAGAGAGCCUUUAAAUCCUUAGCGUUCAUUGUUUCAGUGGUUUUAUUUAAAGGAUGCCGCCUUCAAAAAGUUUUGACAUCUAAAAAAUAAACAUAUAAAUAAUAUCAAGGAAAUUACAAAAUGCCACCCGUGUUCACAAAUGCCGUUCAUGUGUUUCUGGGUUUAAAACAUUGUGAUAU